AUGGAGCUUACUGACGCGUGCCCUCUCUGUGGUCUCGAGCGCGAGGACACGUUUCAUGUGUUUUGCAGGUGCCCAAGAGCUGUUGAUCUGUGGCAAGCCAUGGCGCAAGUUUGGCGGAUACCUGAUGUUAAAUCAAUCCGCAAUACAGGACCGGAGUGGUUCCUGAAUCUCAUCGCGGAGUGUGACGAGGGUGACCGCCUCAGAGUCCUCAUGCUUAUGUGGAGAUGCUGGCACGUGCGUAACGAGAUCCAACAUGACAAGGCACCGCCACCCAUGGAGGUGUCCCGACGGUUCCUUCAAAGCUACGUCACCUCACUGUUGGGGAUCCAACAAUACCCGGCCGGGGACUGGGACAAAGGAAAGAUGGUCACUCAACUAGAGGGAGCGGAGCAGCCAAUAUCGCAUGUGGACGUAAGCUGGAAGUCUCAGCGCAAGUGGAGCCCGCCUCCGGAAGGUUGGGUGAAGCUCAACGUGGAUGGGUCAUUCUCACACGAGGAUGGAAGCGCCGGUGCCGGCCUGAUCUUGCGCGGGCACGACGGGGCCAUCAUUUUCUCUGCAUGCCGUUCGCUUCGGUCAUGCCCGGACCCAUUGCACGCUGAGUUGGCCGGGUGCACGGAGGGACUCGGCCUAGCUUUGCAGUGGACGGAGUUGCCGAUUAUCCUGGAGUGUGACAGUAUGCAGGCCGUGCAGAUGAUCAAGGCAAAAGAACCGGAUCGUUCCCAGCAUGCGAUGGUGGUCUCAGAAGUAAAGAGUCUUAUGGGUACAAGGGAGUGUUGUGUUACUCACAUCUCUAGAAAGCAAAAUAAUGUUAGUCAUGUGUUAGCAAACUUCGGUCGAACGGAGAACCGUACUGUGGUCUGGCUCCGCUCUGGACCUGCUAAUGUCCCUAGUCUGUGUAGGGAUGAAUUCGUGUGCUCUUGA